CUACACACAUCACUUUGUUUUUUUACCAAAAUGUAUUAUCGAAUGUUUACAUGUGCUAUAUCAAUCGGUAAUUACUUUAUUGUUACGUAAGGCGUUGGAACUAUGUUUUGGGUUGUAUUCCUAUUAUAUUUUUGAUAUACAUAUAAGAUGUGGGAUUGUGAUCGUGUUAAUGGAGGAAGGUCAUCGGUUUUCCGUCCUGCGGGUCAGGUUGGUCUUGUAAGUUCCGAUGGCCUGGUGUGCCUGAGUGUCAUGGGUUCAACGGCCUUUUUGGUAUCUUCCACCCAGCGCCAGUAUACUGUUUACGAUGCCUUUGCUAUGCGUGUGGUAUACGUAUCACUCCCUUUGCAAUGCCGCAUUCGUCAUAUCGCAACGUUAUUUGAAAAUGUAUUUCUGGUUCUUGAGAACCGUUGCAUAUACUCGUUCAAUCGCUAUGACUACCGUGAAUUGGUAAACCAGCAUACAGUGGCUAUAUGCGGUAUAGUGGCUAAUCGCGGCUAUUUGUUAACCUACAGCAGCAAGGAGUUGAUUUGCUAUGAGAAUGACAACGGACCUUCGGGGGGGAAUAACGAGAAUUCAAUCUCCAAUGGAGAUCUGGUUUCAGGGUCAAGUGCCCAUCUAAAUAAAAGUGAAUUAUGGGUUCCUAGUACCACAAUAACUGUUCCUGAAGGCCUAUCGUUGGAUAAGGCAAUACCACUAGUAGGGUUCAAUAACAAGGCUAUAUUAUGUUUUAGCAAUGGCCAAGUCAUGCUCUAUAACGUCCGUAGCGGCCAGUUGGUCCAUACAUUUAAUUUUUCGGAUUCCGUACUACUGGACCAAGUGGUUGAAGGUGGUAGCGCCAUUAGCGCUGUGGUACAAUCUGAACUCCAGUCCAAUGCAAUCGUUGCUUUUGGCUAUGGUAACGGGGAUGUGCUAAUCGUCGAUAUAAAGUGCGACCAGAUACUUGGUCAAUUCAAGCUAUCCCAGCAACAGCGGUGUGCCACAUCAUUAUCGUUUGUGUAUGACUCAUCGGGUAUACUGCAGCGUGGCAACUGCAGUAUGACAGCUCGUGAGGUAUUACUAAUCGGGGCCUACAAUGGCGAUAUUAUAGUAUUCGACCUAUCUGAGUUCCGUACGUUCUCUGUUAUCGAGCGUGCCCAUGCAGGUCCUGUUUACCAUUUAUUCUAUAUCGAGCGCGCUAAUAAUGUGAUCUCUGCUAGUAUCGAUAACUGUUUCAUUUUGUGGUCCAUGGAUUCUGACAAGCACCUACUGCGUGAACUCAAGAGUCGCCGCGGUCUCAUAGGCCAUGUUAACAUGAUGGAGCCCUAUGAUUCCGAGGAGCUUGAUCUACUUGUUUGCAGCCAUUCGGACGGCGUUGGUCAUCUCUCCAAGAUUUCAACUAUCCAGCAACUUCGUUGCAACACAUUCUCCACUGGUGUAUUGAAGUACAAGUUGCGUCGCAUCACUGCUGUGUCCUCGUGUUACCAGCGCCACUACGACUGGCCUAAUAUCGCAACAUGCCACAUGAAGACCGCGGUAGUCCACUUAUGGAGUGGCCACCGUCGUGCUUUAGUACCUGGCGUACUUCGCGCUCCUGGUGUCACGGCUACUGCAACUGCUGUCUGUAUCAGCACUUGCGGUAACUACGUCGUCGUUGGCUACGAAUCGGGUGCUCUACACUUAUUCAACCUACAGAGCACGAAUCACGAGGAGGAGUUGCUAUACAAGCGCGAUGGCGUCGCCACAUCAGCUCACAAGGGACCCGUUAUAUUGCUAUCCUUACUAUGUGGCAACCAAGUGGUCUCCAUAUCAAGUUCUAGUGAUGACCGAUUGAUCCAUUUGUGGGAUAUCACAAAGAUAUCCUUGAAGCACAGCUACGACCCUGAGAUCCCCAAGGGCGUUAGUGUCCACCUGGCAGUUGCAGGCAAGCUGCUCACAGCCCUUGCGUGCUCCAAUGGCAUGAUAUACCUGGUGGACAUUAUUGGCAAGAUGUUGGUUCGUACCAUAUCCUACGGCAACGUCAGUGCCAUGUGCUUCCACCCUAACGGCAACUGGCUGAUUGCCGCCUCAACGGACUGUACCAUGGUGAUAUAUGACAUUCUAUCGGCUUGUUACGUGGAUUACGUUAAAUUCCAGAGUGCGCCUUUAUCUGUGCAUCUCGAUUCGUCCGGUGCUUUUUUGAAUGUAUCAUUAGCCAGUUCACCCGGUAUGGUACUUAGGUAUGCCAAUAAACACGUAUUUGAGCUAGGUACCAAGAAUAUGGUGUACAAGGACUUGAAUAGCAGCCCGGUUUUACUGGAACUGCCGUGUAUGCCUACGGAGGACGCUCUUGGCGUCACUGAGGUGGUACCAGAUUCCACAUCUGACACCACGGAUGACAUUGAGAUGGUGGCGGAAUACAAGUCAUGUAUUAGCCCUUUGGCGCCAGGCCUAUUGACAUUAUCUGGAAAAAGCUCUGGGUGGCUCCAGAGUGUAUUGUACCUGGAUGAAAUAAAGGAAAGGAGCAAGCCUGUGGAGCCCCCGAAGCCACCUGAGGAGCUGCCGUUUUUCAUCCCAACUACAUACAAGGAUGGUCAGUUGGUAUUCAAGGAGCCGGAUGCUGAGUCCGAGCAUGCCACAUCGCUACCGCAAACGAAGAUAACAAAGUCAGCGGGUUCCACUGAAUUCGAGAGCAUUCUACUGUCUACUACCAAGUGCCCUAGGAAAUACAAAGACAUGAUGGCAUAUUUGCUUUCGCAGACGCCAUCAGGAGUACAUCUAGCGCUAUCGUUACUAUCAUCUGGGUCUAAGGAAAAGACCUUGUCCACAAUGCUGGAUUUCUUUAGAUACUACCAGAAAUCAAGGGAGCAUGCAGAUGCUCUACAAGUGUUUUUACACGUGUUUCUGCGCUACAAUGGCGAGGACAUUACGCAACUUCGUGGCAAGAGUGAGUUGGAUUCCAUCGCAAGGCUCGCGUCAGGUUUACGCGAGGACAGUCUAUCCUUCCAACGCCAUUUUGAGCGUAUAUCAUGCUUCAUUAAGUUCCUAACACACCUUCAAAUGGAGUAAUUGUUUCGCGUCAUUUUAUGUGUACACAUUUGGGUUUGUGCUGGAG